UUGUAUUAUCAAGACACGCUAGUCACCACCAGUGGCUUGUUUGAUCCGCGCUGUUGAAACUCGCUGGUCGUGUAAGUGUGUGUGUGUGUGUGUUACUAACGAAUGCCCGAAAAAAAUCACACAACAAUUUGCGACUGACUUUUCCCGAGUUCGUUUUGCCGUUUAAAAAAAAUGCAAGUUUGAACGAUUUCUGACAAAUAAUGGCCGCCAGCGAUUCCAAAGCGCCGCUUCGGACGGUCAAAAGGGUGCAAUUCGGCAUUUUGUCUCCGGACGAAUGUCGCCGAAUGUCGGUCACCGAAGGAGGUAUCCGGUUUUCGGAGACGAUGGAAGGCGGUCGUCCAAAACUCGGAGGAUUGAUGGACCCCAGACAAGGAGUUAUCGAUCGCUUUUCAAGAUGUCAGACGUGUGCAGGUAAUAUGACUGAGUGUUGCGGUCAUUUCGGUCAUAUCGAACUGGCCAAACCUGUGUUUCACAUCGGUUUCAUCCCCAAAGUGAUAAAAAUAUUACGUUGCGUUUGUUUCUACUGUUCGAAACUUCUGGUCAGCCCCACUCAUCCUAAAGUCAAAGAGAUCGUGAUGAAAUCCAAAGGGCAGCCGAGAAAACGUUUGGUGUUUGUGUACGAUUUGUGUAAAGGAAAAAAUAUAUGCGAAGGAGGCGACGAGUUGGACAUAAACAAAGAGAACGAUCCCAAUUUGCCACCGAAGAAACAAGGUCACGGCGGUUGCGGUCGGUACCAACCGAACAUUCGACGUGCCGGCCUGGACCUUACGGCCGAAUGGAAGCACGUCAACGAAGAUUCUCAAGAGAAGAAAAUACCGUUGACGGCGGAACGGGUGCACGAAAUCCUGAAACACAUUACCGACGAAGAGGUGGUCAUCAUGGGAAUGGACCCGAGAUUCGCCAGACCCGAUUGGAUGGUGCUCACCGUGUUGCCGGUGCCUCCGUUGCCCGUCCGACCGGCGAUCGUCAUGUUCGGAUCGGCCAGAAAUCAAGACGAUCUAACCCAUAAGUUGGCGGACAUAAUAAAAUGUAACAACGAAUUAAUCCGCAACGAACAAUCUGGCGCCGCCACUCACAUUAUAUCUGAAAAUAUAAAAAUGCUGCAAUUCCACGUGGCUACAUUGGUCGACAACGAUAUGCCCGGACUGCCGAGGGCCAUGCAAAAGUCCGGUAAACCUUUGAAAGCGAUCAAAGCGCGUUUGAAGGGCAAAGAAGGCAGGAUCCGAGGCAACUUGAUGGGGAAGCGCGUGGACUUCUCGGCCCGUACCGUCAUCACGCCGGAUCCGAAUUUGCGUAUCGACGAGGUCGGCGUUCCCCGUUCGAUCGCUCAGAACAUGACGUUUCCGGAAAUUGUCACUCCGUUCAACAUUGACCACAUGCUCGAGUUGGUGCGACGCGGCAAUUCCCAGUAUCCCGGAGCCAAGUACAUUAUACGCGACAACGGCGAACGAAUCGACUUACGCUUUCAUCCCAAACCGUCGGACCUCCAUUUGCAGUGCGGCUACAAAGUCGAAAGACACAUUAAGGACGGCGAUCUGGUGGUGUUCAACAGACAGCCGACGUUGCACAAAAUGAGUAUGAUGGGUCAUCGUGUCCGCGUGUUGCCGUGGUCUACGUUCCGUAUGAACUUAAGUUGUACGUCGCCUUACAACGCCGAUUUCGACGGCGACGAGAUGAAUCUUCACGUGCCGCAGUCUAUGGAAACGAGAGCCGAAGUAGAAAACAUCCAUAUCACUCCGAGACAGAUCAUUACGCCGCAAGCGAACAAACCCGUCAUGGGCAUCGUACAGGACACGCUGACGGCUAUCAGGAAAAUGACCAAGAGAGACGUUUUCCUCGAGAAGGAACAAAUGAUGAACUUGCUGAUGCACUUGCCCAUAUGGGACGGGAAAAUGCCUACGCCUUGUAUAUUGAAACCCAAACCGCUGUGGACGGGCAAACAGUUGUUCUCGUUGAUCAUUCCCGGCAACGUUAACAUGAUACGCACGCAUUCCACGCAUCCGGACGACGAAGACAACGGACCGUACAAAUGGAUAUCCCCUGGAGAUACAAAGGUAAUGGUGGAACACGGUGAACUGGUAAUGGGAAUAUUGUGUAAAAAGACUUUGGGUACGUCGGCCGGCUCGUUGCUUCAUAUAUGUAUGUUGGAACUUGGACACGAGGUGUGCGGUCGGUUCUACGGUAACAUCCAGACCGUGGUCAACAAUUGGCUGUUGUACGAAGGUCAUUCCAUCGGUAUCGGUGACACUAUUGCCGAUCCGCAGACGUAUUUGGAAAUCCAAAAGGCCAUCAAGAAAGCCAAAGAAGACGUUAUCGAGGUGAUACAAAAGGCGCACAACAUGGACCUGGAGCCGACGCCCGGCAACACGUUGCGUCAGACUUUCGAAAACCAAGUGAACCGGAUUUUGAACGAUGCCCGUGACAAGACCGGAGGUUCUGCGAAAAAAUCCCUCACGGAGUACAACAAUCUCAAGGCUAUGGUCGUGUCCGGGUCCAAGGGAUCGAACAUUAACAUUUCUCAGGUUAUCGCUUGCGUGGGACAACAAAACGUCGAAGGUAAACGCAUACCGUUCGGUUUCCGCAAACGUACGUUGCCGCAUUUCAUCAAAGACGAUUACGGUCCCGAGUCCAGAGGGUUCGUGGAGAAUUCUUACCUGGCCGGUUUGACACCGUCCGAAUUCUAUUUCCACGCCAUGGGAGGUCGCGAAGGUCUCAUCGAUACCGCCGUGAAAACCGCAGAAACCGGUUACAUCCAGAGACGUUUGAUCAAGGCCAUGGAGUCCGUGAUGGUCCAUUACGACGGCACCAUCCGCAACUCGGUCGGCCAGCUGAUCCAGCUGCGUUACGGCGAAGACGGUCUGUGCGGCGAGGCCGUGGAGUUCCAGAGCAUCGCCACCAUCGAGCCGUCGCACAAGAAAUUCGAGGCCGAGUUCAGGUUCGACGCGUCCAACGAGAGGCACAUGCGGAAGAUAUUCACCGAGGACGUGCUCAAGGACCUGUUGGGCAGCAACGACACGGUGGCCGAGUUGGAAAAGGAAUGGGAACAGCUGAACACCGACCGGGACACGCUGCGGGAGAUCUUCCCGUCGGGCGAGAGCAAAGUGGUGUUGCCGUGCAAUCUCAAACGCAUGAUAUGGAACGUGCAGAAGAUUUUCCACAUCAACAAACGGGGCCCGACCGAUUUGAACCCCGUCAAAGUGUUGAACGGCGUCAAAGAGUUGUUGGACAAAUGCAUUAUCGUGGCCGGCCAGGACCAGCUGAGCAGACAGGCCAAUCAAAACGCCACGUUACUGUUCCAAUGUUUGGUACGGUCCACCCUGUGCACCAAGUCGGUGUCGGAGAAGUUCCGUUUGUCUUCGGAAGCGUUCGAAUGGUUGGUCGGUGAAAUCGAAAACAGAUUUAAACAAGCUCAGGCUGCCCCCGGAGAAAUGGUCGGAGCGUUGGCCGCUCAGAGUCUAGGAGAACCGGCCACUCAGAUGACGUUGAACACUUUCCAUUUCGCCGGUGUGUCUUCGAAGAACGUAACGCUCGGUGUGCCCAGGUUGAAGGAAAUCAUCAACAUAAGUAAAAAACCAAAGGCCCCUUCGCUGACCGUGUUCUUGACGGGUGCCGCGGCUAGGGACGCGGAGAAAGCGAAAAAUGUCCUCUGCCGUCUGGAACACACGACGCUCAGGAAAGUCACGGCAAACACGGCCAUCUACUACGAUCCAGAUCCGCAAAACACGGUGAUCCGGGAAGAUCAAGAGUUUGUCAACGUCUACUACGAGAUGCCGGAUUUCGAUCCGACCAGAAUCUCUCCGUGGUUGUUGCGUAUCGAGUUGGACCGCAAAAGAAUGACCGAUAAAAAAUUGACUAUGGAAGCGAUAUCCGAAAAGAUCAACGCCGGCUUUGGCGACGAUCUCAAUUGUAUUUUCAACGAUGACAACGCCGAGAAGUUGAUCUUGCGCAUACGCAUAAUGAACGGCGAGGACGGCAAAAUGAACGGAGGCGACGACGAAGACACGGUGGACAAAAUGGAAGACGACAUGUUCCUCAGGUGUAUCGAAGCGAACAUGUUGUCCGACAUGACCCUGCAAGGUAUAGAAGCAAUAUCGAAAGUGUACAUGCAUUUGCCUCAGACAGACUCUAAGAAGAGAAUAAUCAUCACGGACACGGGUGAAUUCAAAGCCAUCGCCGAUUGGUUACUGGAAACCGACGGCACUAGCUUGAUGAAAGUCUUGAGCGAAAGGGAUGUGGAUCCCGUGAGAACGUUUUCCAACGAUAUUUGUGAAAUAUUCUCCGUGCUGGGCAUAGAAGCCGUGCGUAAGUCUGUGGAAAAAGAAAUGAACACCGUGUUGAAUUUCUACGGACUGUACGUAAACUAUCGGCAUUUGGCUUUGCUGUGUGACGUGAUGACGGCCAAAGGUCAUUUGAUGGCCAUCACUCGGCACGGUAUCAACAGACAAGACACCGGAGCGUUGAUGAGAUGUUCUUUCGAAGAAACUGUCGACGUUUUGUUAGAUGCCGCUUCGCACGCCGAGGUCGAUCCAAUGAGAGGUGUAUCGGAAAACAUUAUUAUGGGACAAUUGCCCAGGAUGGGAACAGGUUGUUUCGAUUUGCUGUUGGACGCCGAGAAAGCCAAGGACGGUAUAGAAAUACCGAUGGACGCCGGUUACAUGGGCAUCGGCGGUGGCGGUAUGUUCAUGGGAGCAGGUACGCCUUCGAUGUCUCCGGCCAUGACUCCGUGGGAUCAUACGAACACUCCGCUCUAUCAAAACAGUUGGUCGUCGACCAUGACUCCCGGAGGUCCCGGUUUCUCUCCGGCCGGAUCCAGCGAAACCGGCGGCACGUCCCCGUACUGGAUGACCAGCGGCGGCACUCCGGGCAGCCCGGGAUCGCCAGGCCUGGCCACCAGCCCGUACGUGCCCAGCCCCAGCUCCAUGUCGCCCAACUACACUUACCCGUCGAGCCCUCAGUUCGGUGCCAUGUCGCCGUCGAUGACGCCGACCAAUUACUCGCCGACCAGCCCACAGUACACGGCCAAUCUGCAGAACACACCCAAGUACUCUUCGAUGUCGCCCAAUUAUAAUUAUUCCCCGACCAGUCCUUCGUAUUCGCCAACGAGUCCGUCUUACUCGCACACUUCAUACUCACCGACCAGCCCUUCAUACAGUCCGACGUCGCCGUCGUACAGCCCCACGUCGCCUUCGUACAGUCCGACGUCGCCGGCUUACAGUCCUACGUCUCCAUCGUACAGCCCCACGUCUCCGUCGUACAGUCCUACGUCGCCGUCGUACAGCCCGACCAGCCCAGCGUACAGCCCUACGUCGCCGUCUUAUAGCCCGACCUCUCCAUCGUACAGUCCGACGUCUCCGUCGUACAGCCCGACUUCGCCGUCGUACAGUCCCACGUCGCCGUCGUACAGUCCGAGCUCUCCGCAGUACGCGGCUUCUUCGCCGUCGUACACUCCCAGCGGCGGAUCCAACAGUAGCAAUUACAAGUAUUCGCCGACCACGCCGUCCCUGGCGGUCAGUCCGACUUACUCUCCGACCAGUCCGAUGUAUUCGCCGUCGAGCGCUUCGUACUCGCCGUCUUCACUGCAACGCGGCGCUUCCGGAUCGGGCAACGCGCAAUACAAUCAGUCGUACAGCCCGAGCUCUCCGGUGUACUCGCCGACGAAUUUCCCGGUGACCAGUCCAAGGUAUUCUCCGACGUCUCCUACGUACUCUCCGGCGGUCGGCAGCCCGACUUACUCGCCUUCGUCGCCCAGCUAUUCGCCGACGUCGCCCAACUUCAGCGGCCCGGACGAACAUUAAUGCAUUUUUUUUAUUAUUUUUUUUUUUUUUUCGUUUUAUACUUUUAAUUAAAUAACUACAUAAGAGUAAUUAUUAUUUUCGAGCAUGAUUGUUAAUUUUAUUUUAUUUCAAUUUUUUUUUUUAUCAUUAUUACUAUUAUUAUUAUUAUUAUAUAAUAUUAUUACAACUCAAUUAUUUAUGUAAAAAAGUUAUAAUUAAUAAAAAAAAAAUAAAUCAACCCUCCAAAGGAUGAAAAUUUACGACAGCAACAACAAUCGAUUGUAUUAUUUUGAUGUAAUUUUUACACGCAAUAACGCAUUCACAUUUGGCAUAAUGUUACAAACAAAAUAUGUUAUUAUUUUUAUAGCGCGUCAAGUUUUAUACUUAAACUGUGUAAAAUCUUAUUUUCUCAAUAUUGUAACGUAAUCGAUUGAUUUUCUCCAACGAUUAUAGUUGGAAACACAAAAACACUUGUGAGGCAUAAAGUAGUAUUGUGUAUUUAUUGUCAUCGACUUAUUACAACAAAAUGGUACAUUAUUUUU